ACAAAUCCCCUCUGACUUCCUCUCCUCCUUUCCUGAUGCAGCAUGGGCUGAGAGGGAGGGGAGUUGAUCUGUCUUCUCUCAGCCUGCCUCAGCUCAGCUCGCCACCUGCCCUUGAGUUACUGUGAAUAGACAAGACAGAGAGGAAGUCGUUCUGUAGUCUGGCUCUUGUAAACCAUAUCUCUGCUGUGUUUUUAUCCCUGGGCUGUUUAGAUUUUUUCCCCUCUCUGCUCUGGGGGUGUGGUGGAGUGGAGCGUUUGUCCCUGGCUGGCGGAGCUCCGAUGGGAGGCAGUGCUGCCUCUGUCUGGGACUGGGGAUGCUGAACGGGGGAAGGGAGGGCCUGUUUCAACUGGGACAGCAGCUCCAGCAACAGGGGGAGUACCAGGCCGCCCUCCACUGCUUCCUUAGCUCUCUGCUGGGGUUAAGGCACGUGCAGAGCUUCACCUCGCUGCCCAACUGCCUGCACCAGAUUGCUGAACUCUUCAUCUCCGAAAAUAACUACAGCAAGGCCCUGCAGUUCAUUCAGGCUGAGAAGAUGUUCUACGAGGUUUAUCUAAUUGAGCUCACUGCUGUUCAGGGGAGCACAGGCCCCCAGGAGGCUUUGCUGGGCUCGUCUAGGACAGGAUGGGCAUCCCCAGAGGAGCUAUCGGAUCAGGCCUCCCAGGCACAGCAUUUUGAGCGGCUGGCCCAGCUUUGCAUCAUGAGUAAAAGACCUCAUCUCGCUUUAGAGUACAGUGGGAAAGCCACUAAGAUCCAUCAGAGGGCUUUUGGCAACGACCACCCCAUCACAGACAAGAGUCUGGAGCUGCUGGCCACCGUCUACGCAGAAAUUGGCAAAACAGAAUACUCAGAUUCCCUAGACCAGUGUGUGUCAGCGCUUUCCAAGAGGUUUGCUGCUGCCGAGUCCUUCAGAGACACACUCAACAACGGUCUUUCCCACUCCCAUUCCCAUUCCCACCGGGAUAAACGCUCCGAGGUCCGGCACAGGAAAGACCCCCGCCCACUGGUGAACACACCAAAACCCAAGGUCAUCAACGGUAAAAUCCCCAUGUCCAUACUGAAGAGGUCUGGCUCAGGACCAGACUCAGAGCCCAGACACAGACGGAAAGGCGAGCGGCGGGUCCGGUUCAGAGAGCCUGAAACCACUGUGCAUGCCUAUGACACGUCACCGCCCAGCCCUCACCUGGCCCUGUUCACCUGCCUGUUCCUGCUGAUGUCACUGCUGGGCGUGGCCAUGUUCUGCACGGACCGCCGGCGCCCACAGCGUGUCUGUGAGGAGCUGGAGGCCUCGCUGGCUGUCUACCUGAUACACAUAAAACAGCUGCUGUGGGGCUGCUGGAUCUGGCUAACCAUGCAGUGACUGGGACCCACCAGAGGGGGAGACGUGGAGGACUGCAUUCACUCUCUUCAUUACAUGUCCCUUGAGGUGCCCUACCUAGCCUGGUCCACGAGCACCUCAGUCAUACACACUGACUAUCUAUCUAUGGUGUUGAGAUGUGCACCCCUACUGCUACGCUCACACCCAUAUAUGGAGAAAUGUGUAAUCCCAGAGAUAUUUAGCCUCCAUGCCUGUAUACUGUAUGUACCUAAGUGGUGGGUAUGUUACCAUGUUCGUUUUGUUGAUAAAACGUUUUGCACAUCCGCAAAUGUCGACGCUCACUGGUAUGCUCACUUAAUUGCUACAAUAAUUUACAUGUUCCUUUCUUGGCACAAUCUAUUGUGAGUGAAUGUUUCAUGGAAUGCCAAAUUAAUUGUAUUUAUUUAAUUACAAUGCUAUGUCAUUUGUGUACCUAAAAGCUAACUACAGAUAUGAAUGUGUAUAUACCGUAUACUAAGGACUAUCACAAUAUUACGCCUUGUUAUUGCACAUAAUUGAAUGUAUAAAGUGUGAAAAACUGCUUAGAGUUGGCACAAAACACCCUUACCGUCUAAAAUAAGGAUUAUGGAUUGAGUCAAGCACAAUGUGACCACCUUCUGAAAAGGAUCGCUGUAACAGGCACAGGACUGCUUCACUUCACAGUGCCAGGUUAAACUAGCAAAUUGACAAAGCCAUCUUUCUUUUACAGCAUAAAUACUGCAGUCCGGCGUUUCCUAAACUCGGUCCUUGGGAUCCCAACGGGUGCACGUUUUGUUUUUUGCCCUAACACUACACAGCUUAGUCAAGUGAUCAAAGCUUGAUGAUUAGUUGAUUAUUUGAAUCAGCUGUGUAGUACUAGGGCAAAAACCAAAACGUGCACCCCUUGGGAUUCCGAGGACCGAGUUUGGAAAACCCUGCUGUAGUCUGACUAUUUUUAGGUCAGAUCAAUUUUGGGUUCCCAGUUGGACAAAGAUGAGAAAACCUUCACCACAAUAAUAUGAAUACUCUCUUUCCUGGGAAUGUACUCAAAUUCAAUGAGUGCUUAUGAUUUUGACAGUGUACCUCUUGGUAAAUGCUAAAAUGCCUCAAAUAAUAUCCUCUAUCCUCUAAAUUGUAUUUAUUCUUCCAUACUGCAUAUCUGCAUCUACUCAAAUAUCAAAUACUUUUAUUUUCUUUAGAGUACAUUUUGUAAGGGCUUUUGUUACAUUUCUAUUUUUUGAUUGUGCCAAUAUUCAGAUUUUAAUCUUGAUGUCAAAUGCUUUUAAAGUUAAGGAUUAUUUGAGAAUUGAAAAGUACUUUAAAUUAGAGCAAAUGCUAAUGAUGCAAAGUAAAGAAAGGAAUCUACAUGAAUUGUACGGUCCAAUGGUCUGUGGUAAGAUGCAGCAACAUUAUGACACUAAUUGAAUCAUCACUGUGGGACCUUCAGUAAUUGGAACCAUUCAAAUAUAGAAAUUAAAGUCUCUUCUAUAAACAGGUCGAGCUUUAAAGGACAAUGUGAUGCUUAUCAUAUACCUCUCGAUCCGAGCAAUAAAACACAAGACAUUAUUUCCACUAAUACAUAUUCUUUAAACAGUAUAACAGGUUUCAGGGAACACAACUAUAAGAAAGAGUCGGUGUUGGAAAAAUCUGAGCAAUAUGAUGCAACCAAUGUCUGAAUGGAGGAGCUACUGAGACUGAAGGUUCCCUUUGCACCAUCAAACGGAACUACUGUCAUUAGCAAUACAAAUACCCAGCAAGUCAACAUGGCCUGUUUCUGCACAUUUUGGUUAGUAGCUGCAUUUCACUGCUGACAAUAUGCCUGUGGUCACUUUGAAAGAAGUGCCUUUUAGAAGGAUUUUGUAGUUUCUAUAUUUUGUUAUUUAUUUGAAUUAUUUGAAAUAAAACUGUCAUUGCAUACCAA